AUGGCCUGUUUGUUUAGAAGAGCCAUUGCUGCCAAGCUGAGCAGGACUCUGCAGCACCCGGAGGAGCUCCUGCUGCCAGCCCUGUCUGCUGCUCCAGUCUUCAGAAAACAACAAACCCCCGACUUCAAACUCUCAGUGAGUCUGUUACGAUCGAAGGGAAUCUUACCCACAACUGCAGACAUCCAGCUCCAGACCGAGGACCUGACCAGACAGUUAAAACCAGACAAUGUGGUUGAAGACAUUUCUGCUGGAAGUGGAACCAUCAACUUCACGGUGCACCGCCCGCUGCUGGUUCAGAAACUGCUGGAGCCGUUUGAAGCAGACGCUGGUGUGGAGUUUGGUUUGAACAGCGAACUUUUGAAGACGAGUGAACGGGGCACGAUUUUAGUAGAAUACAGCUCUCCAAACAUCGCCAAGAAGUUCCACGCUGGACACCUCCGCUCUACCAUCAUUGGAAACUUCAUCGCUAACCUGAAACAGGUGCUCGGGCACGCCGUGAUUCGCAUGAACUACCUCGGAGACUGGGGAAUGCAGUUUGGCUUGUUGGGGGCUGGCUUCUCUCAGUUCGGCUCUGAUUCUAAACUGAAGGACAAUCCUCUGCAGCAUCUGUUUGAGGUUUACGUUCGAGCGAACAGAGACGUGGAACAUGACGACUGUUUGAAGCUCGAGGCUCGAGAUUUCUUCAGGAAACUGGAGCAACACGACGAGAAGGCGCUGGGUCUGUGGCAACGCUUCAGGGACAUCACUGUGGAGGAGUACCAGCGAGUGUAUGAGCGUUUAGGCGUGCACUUUGACGUUUACUCGGGAGAGUCCCUUCACCAGAGUCAGUCUCAGGACGUGGUGCAGCAGCUGCAGCAGAGAGGCCUCCUGAGGACCACAGAGACGGGUGCAGAGGUCGUGGAUCUGUCUGAGUCUGGGGUCUGUGCCGUGCGCCGCAGCGAUGGUACCACUCUGUACAUCACACGAGAUCUUGCUGCUGCUAUUGACAGAAAGGCGAAGUACUCGUUCACAGAGAUGAUCUAUGUGACGGAUAAAAGUCAAACCACUCACUUCCAGCAGUUGUUCCAGAUCCUGUCGGCUUUGGGACACUCCUGGGCUCAAAGCUGUCGCCACGUUCCCUUCGGUCUGGUCAGAGGUAUGAAGACCCGCUCGGGGGACGUGGUCUUCCUGGAGGACGUCCUGAACGAGGCUCGCUCCAGGAUGCUCCACAACAUGAGCCAGUCCAAAACCACUAAGGACCUGGAGGACCCAGAGGACACGGCUGAGAAGGUCGGCCUCAGUGCCCUGAUCGUCCAGGAUUUCCGAGGGCCUCUGGUGUCGGACUAUAGUUUCCACUGGGACAGAGUGCUACAGGCUCAGGGAGACACCGGGGUCUUUCUCCAGUACAGCCACGCCCGCCUCUGCAGUUUACUACAGAAGACUACAGAGCUGGAGGCGUGUCGUUUAGACCCGUCCGUCCUGAGCGAGGCGUCUGCCCUCUCAGUCCUGCAGCACCUCCUUCGCUUCGACGAGGUGCUGCUCCAGUCGUCUCAGGAUCUGCAGCCGAAGCACGUGGUCAACUUCCUGUUAAAGCUGAGCCACUUGGCGGCGUAUGCACUCAGAGAGCUGCCGGUGAAGGGGAGUCCAACACACGUGGCACAGGCUCGAAGGUGUCUGUUCAGAGCGGUGUGUUCUGUUCUGGCCACUGGGAUGAGGCUCCUGGGCAUCACACCAAGGCCUACAGCAGAGGAGGAGACCCAGAGGAGAUCGGACUCCUCUGGGCCAGGUCCAGGGGAGAGACCCAGGAGACCCAGAGGAGACCAGUAA